CCGCUUUAGGAGACACGUGGUGCAAGUGCACUGGACUCCGUGUCAUGUCACCUGCUGCAUUCCACUUGAAAGUACGCGUCGAUGACAUUGCAGCGGCCGAAGGCCAGUGGGCAGAUUAUGCGGGAUUUGCAUUGAAAAGAAGCGGAUUAGAGGACCCGUCCGUCACAUAGCGCAAAGGCAUCGUGGCCAGAACAGCCAUGAGUCGAUUCCGUGCGCUAGCCGGCGUUUUAAAAGCUAGCUUAGGAGCUACGUGGCCGCGACCAAUUGCGGUAACUCCAACUCCCAGGAGACUUUGCUCCUCUGAUGCUUCAACCACCCAAGCCGUCACCAGCAGCUCCAGCUACGUGGAGGACAUGUACUUUGCCUGGUUGGAGGAUCGUAACAACGUCCACGAGUCGUGGGACGCCUUUUUCCGGAACGUUCCUAAGACCGGCGACGAAGAGGAGAGUCGCCCCUCGACGCUAAUCCGCGAUCGAGUCGCGUCUCGUUCGCCGGACGUGACGCAGAAAGUUGUGGAAGAUCAUCUGGCGGUGCAUACGCUCAUAAGAGCCUAUCAGAUUCGAGGUCAUCAUGUUGCCCAAUUGGACCCGCUUGGAAUCUUAGAUGCUGACCUGGACUCAUUUGUUCCCUAUGACCUCAUCACGACUAUUGAUAAAUUAGCUUUCUACGGUCUGCACGAGUCCGACCUGGACCGGCGCUUCCGCCUGCCUCACACCACCUUCAUCGGCGGAGGAGAAACCACGCUUCCUCUCAGGGAGGUCAUACGUCGACUCGAGGCGUCGUACUGCGGACACGUGGGGGUGGAAUUCAUGUUCAUCAAUAACAUGGAGCAGUGCCAGUGGAUCCGGCAGAAGUUCGAGACUCCGGGAAUCAUGAGCUUCACCGGUGACGAGAAGCGAACGCUGCUGGCUCGUCUCAUCAGAUCAACGCGAUUUGAGGACUUCCUGGCCAGGAAGUGGUCGUCGGAGAAACGCUUUGGACUUGAAGGCUGCGAAGUCCUUAUCCCGGCUCUGAAGACCAUCAUCGACAGCUCCAGCGCCGCCGGCGUCGACAGCGUCAUCAUGGGGAUGCCGCAUCGCGGUCGACUUAACGUCUUGGCCAACGUGAUUCGAAAGGACCUAAACCAGAUCUUCUGCCAGUUCGACCCUAAAUUAGAAGCGGCGGAUGAAGGUUCCGGGGAUGUCAAAUACCAUCUGGGGAUGUACCACGAGAGAAUAAACCGGGGGACGGACAAGAACAUCACGCUGUCCCUCAUGGCUAACCCCUCCCACUUGGAGGCGGUGGACCCGGUGGUGCAAGGCAAGGCCAAAGCCGAGCAGUUCUACAGGGGCGACGCGCUUGGGAAGAAGGUGAUGUCCAUCUUGAUGCACGGAGACGCGGCUUUCGCCGGCCAAGGGGUCGUGUACGAGACGUUCCACCUCAGCGAACUCCCAUCCUACACCACGCACGGGACCAUCCACGUGGUGGUCAACAAUCAGAUCGGCUUCACCACGGAUCCACGCAUGGCCCGCUCGUCACCUUACCCCACCGACGUGGCCCGAGUGGUCAACGCGCCCAUCUUCCACGUCAAUGCCGACGACCCAGAGGCCGUCAUGUACGUGUGUCGCGUGGCCGCCGAGUGGAGGAACACCUUCCACAAAGAUGUCGUCAUAGACCUGGUGUGCUACAGACGCUUCGGCCACAACGAAAUGGACCAACCUUCCUUCACGCAGCCGCUGAUGUACAAACAGAUCCGACGGCAGGAGCACGUGCUGAAGAAGUACUCGGACAAACUCAUCGCCGACCGAGUGGUCACACUGCAGGAGUUUGAGGAGGAGGUGGCCAAAUAUGACAAAAUAUGCGAGGAGGCGUAUACCAGCUCCAAGGAUGAGAAGAUCUCGCAUAUACGACAUUGGCUGGACUCACCGUGGCCAGAAUUCUUCACAGCAGAAGGAGAACCCAAGACCAUGAGUUGCCCCCCGACAGGACUGGACACAGAGGUCCUGCAGCACAUCGGCCGCACCGCCAGCUCGGUGCCUUUGGAAGAUUUUACCAUCCAUCCCGGUCUGUCGCGUAUUCUGCGCAGCCGGGGCGACUUGGUGAGCAAGGGUCAGCUGGACUGGGCUUUGGGAGAGUACGUGGCCUUCGGCUCGCUGCUCAAAGACGGCGUCCACGUAAGGCUCAGCGGGCAAGAUGUGGAAAGGGGAACGUUCAGUCACCGCCAUCAUGUUCUUCAUGACCAAAAAGUGGACAAACUCACCUGCAUACCCAUGAACCACCUGUGGGCCGACCAGGCCACCUAUACCGUCUGCAACAGCUCUUUGUCCGAGUACGGCGUGCUCGGGUUCGAGCUGGGUUUCGCCAUGGCCAGCCCUGACGCUUUGGUUCUUUGGGAAGCGCAGUUCGGAGACUUCCACAACACGGCCCAGUGCAUCAUCGACCAGUUUAUCAGCUCGGGCCAGGCCAAGUGGGUCCGCCACAACGGUAUUGUUUUGCUCCUGCCGCACGGCAUGGAAGGAAUGGGUCCGGAACAUUCCUCAGCCCGGCCGGAGCGCUUCCUGCAAAUGAGUAACGAUGACCCGGACCACUUUCCGGAGUUCGGAGGGGAUUUUGAGGUGCAGCAGCUGUACGAGUGCAACUGGAUCGUGGUCAACUGCUCCACGCCCGCUAACUACUGUCACGUGCUCCGACGGCAGAUUCUGCUCCCUUUCAGGAAGCCGUUGAUUAUAUUCACUCCCAAAUCUCUGCUGAGGCACCCCGAUGCCCGAUCCAGUUUUGACGACCUGGCCAAAGGCACGAAAUUCAAGAGACUGAUCCCAGACGACGGCCCGUCCUGUCAAAACCCCGACCGAGUGAAAAGGGUCAUCUUCUGCACAGGGAAAGUCUUCUAUGACCUGAGCAAAGAGAGGACGCGACAGAACCUGGAGGAAGAGAUCGCCAUCGUCAGACUAGAACAGAUCUCACCGUUCCCUUUCGACUUGGUCAAAAGCGAGGCGGAAAAGCACAAGGGCGCCGAGCUGGUGUGGUGUCAGGAGGAGCACAAGAACAUGGGUUACUACGAUUACGUGAGGCCUCGAUUCCUCACCGUGGUGGCCAACAAGCGUCCCGUCUGGUAUGUCGGGCGGGACCCCGCCGCCGCCCCCGCCACGGGGAACAAGUCGACCCACCUGAACGAGCUGAAACGCUUCCUGGACGUGGCCUUUGACCUGAGCGCCUUCCACGGGAAGACAACCUGAAGCGAACCAGAGGUCCACGUUGUAGCUGACUUCAGUUGGUGCUAAAAAUGGAGCUGACUCCAGCCAAGAGCAAUCAUAAUAUUAUUAUUUUUGUCCGAUAUCGAUACUAAAACAAAUACCAUGUUCAAUACGACAAGUGAUAAACUCUUUUAAAGUUUUAAAGAGUGAAGUUAACAAAUUUAGUAACCUUUUGUAUUUACAUAGUAUCAAAAAUGGUAUGAAGUACUUUUCAAUAUAACAUAACACAGGGACUUUAUUGGCCAAACAUUAGGCUGCUUAAUGUUAAAUGCUCCGAGAGCAGCUGUUUAUACAAAGUUGACGUCUUGUAUUUGGUAAUUAAACUUCCCCUGACAGGCGUCGCUAGUCGCGUGGACUGCUUGUGCACUUUAUUGUCACAGCUCGCUUCAUUAGCAGACAUCAGCCAGCUGGCUUUGAGACCUGUUUGUUUUUUAUUUCAUUAAUUUUUUCGGGUUGGGCUCUAAACACAACAAACUCAAGAGGUGUGAAGAGCACUUCUGACACUCGGUCACAUCCACUUUUAGAGAGAUUUACAAGGGAUUUUGUUUCCAAGAAUGGUUCUACUAAUACAUUUUAUUCCUUGAUGACGGAAUUUACAUGUAACAAACAUAC